AUGGCUGAGCGCCUCAGUCCUCGAAGCUCCGAGGUCAAUGCCUUGGAACAACGAGGCUAUUUAAUUGGCAAAAAAAUCGGACAAGGAUCUUAUGCCACUGUCCAUCUGGCGGAAUACUGCGAUGGCUCCAGCCUCAAAAGGAUGCACCUUGCCUGCAAAAUAUUUGAUAAAGAAAAAGCACCUCGUGAUUUUUUAGAAAAGUUUUUUCCUCGCGAACUUGAUAUAUUAACUAAAAUAGAGAAUCCCCAUAUUAUACAAGUUCAUAGCAUCUUACAGCGAGGCCCACGAGUGUUUAUAUUCAUGCGCCAUGCAGAUAAUGGUGAUUUAUUAGAAUUUAUUAAGAGGAAUGGUGUGGUGCCCGAAAACCAAGCUAAGCUGUGGUUCCGACAAAUGGCUAGCGGCUUGCAAUAUUUGCACAGCAAAAAUAUUGCACAUCGAGAUUUAAAAUGUGAAAACAUAUUAUUGUCUAGACGAUUCAAUGUGAAGUUGGCGGAUUUCGGUUUUGCCAGAUUCUGUACGGACGGCGACAACAGACGAGUGCUAAGCCAAACCUACUGUGGAUCUGCCGCUUACGCCGCCCCGGAAGUGGUGAGUGGAACACCUUAUAAUCCUAAACUAGCUGAUGUUUGGUCACUGGGCAUUAUAUUAUUUAUAAUGCUGAAUGCCUCUAUGCCAUUCGAUGAUUCCAAUCACCGUAAACUUCUCAAAGAUCAAAUGUCUCGUAACUGGGUGUUUCGGUCCCGCAUUCGCGACACGGUAUCAGCGGCUGCAAAGUCGAUUGUCCGUCAUAUUUUAGAGCCGGAUAUCACUCUACGGCUAACAUUGGACCGGGUGUUAUCUCACGAAUGGACGAGACCUCGCAAGGAUAAGAGUGCUAGUUUGAUGGGGCGUUUGGUGCAGUCUGCCCCCUCGGCGCCUCACCCGCCCGGGAAGCACGAUGAAGCUGGGACAUCUGCUGGAGCUCGUGUUUCUGGUGACCACCGGGAGACGGAACGAGAGCGACACGACGACAUCCACCUUCGCUCCCACGACUGA